UGUGGGAGCCUGUGGCAGAGAGCCCCGGACAGGAGCAGGUGGCCCACGGCACAUGGCCAGCCAGCCUUGGAGGGCUCUGGAGAUGACGACCACCCUGUGGCUCUUCCUCGGCCUCGUUACCCGGCUGACAGCAACCCUUUCAGGGCUGCAGUCCCCAGCGGUGCCCACACCUGGCCAGCACAAUGCCAGCAUCAAGGCCCCAGAGCCAGGUCUCGGGGUGCGCCUGGCCAACGGGAGCAGCCACUGCCUCGGGGAGGUGGAGGUCAGGCUCGGGGCCCUCUGGGCGCCUGUGUGUGGGGCAAGGUGGGACCACCAGGCUGCUGAGGCCGUGUGUCGCGAGCUGGGCUGCGGUGGGGCGGAGGCGACCCCCGAACCUGAGCCUGGGAUCGCCGUGGGCAACACCAGCGCUGCCAAUGCCACGCAUGAGCACAAACACGCACUCUCCAUCCGGUGCGCCGGCCCCAAGUGGGGGCUCUGCGAGGUGGUAAAGGUUGCGUGUGGAGGCGACGUGGGCCCAGCCCGGGUCACCUGUGCAGAGGCCCGAGACCUGAGGCUGGUGGGUGGAGCCAGCCCGUGCGCUGGCCGAGUGGAGAUGCUGGAGCGUGGUGCGUGGGGCACCAUGUGCGAUGACGCCUGGGACCUGCAGGAUGCCCAUGUGGCGUGCAGGCAGCUGGGCUGUGGCUGGGCCGUGGAGGCCACACCAGGCCUGCGCUUCCCUGCCGGCCGGGGUCUCAUCCACCGCGACGUAGUGACCUGCACGGGCGAUGAGGCGCACCUGUGGGAAUGCGUGGGAAGGCCGGGCGAUGGCUACUGCGGCCACAAGGAGGACGCGGGCGUCGUGUGCUCAGAACACCAGUCCUGGCGCCUGACCGGGGGUGGUGACCUCUGCGAAGGACAGGUGGAGGUGCACUUCCGUGGAGUAUGGAGCACCGUGUGCGACAGCGAGUGGUACCAGCCGGAGGCCGACGUGCUGUGCCGGGCCUUGGGCUGUGGGCAUGCGCUGGACCGGCCCCCCGGGCAGCCCCACUCGCUGCAGGGCAGGAUGUUCUACUCCUGCCGCGGUGAGGAAGCCACGCCCUUUCUCUGCACGUGGAGGUUCAACAACUCCAACCUGUGCAGCCAGUCCCGGGCAGCCAGAGUGCUCUGCUCAGGUUCCCGGAGAUGGUACAACCUGUCCUCAGCCCAGGUCCCCUCCAGCACUCAGCCGGCGACUGUAGAAUCGUGGGUGACAGUGAAGAUGGAGGACAAGGCGUCUCCAGCGCUGGUGCUGCUCAUGCCCAGCCUGGUCUUGGGCUUCCUCCUCCUCUGUGCCCUGGUCUUCAUCGUCAUCCUCCUCCUGAGAGUCAAGGGGAAAUACGCCCUCCCAGCCACCGGGAACCACCAGCACCUCCUGCCUGCAGCCGGCCCAGCAGGCAGCAACAGCUAUCAUGUGGUGCCCGUUGCCAUCUCCAAAGAAGCUCCCCAGCCACUGGCCCCAGGUCGGGUCCCAACCCCUGAGGACUCGGACUCGGACUCCGGCUCCGAUUAUGAGCACUACGACUUCAGCGUCCAGCCACCUGUGGCCCUGACCACCUUCUACAAUUCCCAGCGGCACCGGGUCACAGAGGCAGAGGCCCAGCAGUGCCGGUUCCAGAUGCCGCCCUUAGAGGAAGGACUUGAAGAGCUGCACACCCCUCCCACACUGGCCACCCUGCAGGGACCCUGUGCCCUAGACACUGCUGCCCCAGGGGACCCUGGGCAUCAUCAGGGCGGCAGCAGUGGGUCUAGCACGUCUUCCGGCGAGGACUACUGCAACAGCCCGCGCAGCAAGCCACUGCCGUGGAGCCCCCAUGCAUUUUCCCUGCAGCAGAGCCCGGGCCUGGAGCUGGCUGGCUCCCAGAUGACCUUCUCUGGGAGUGGGCCCCCCGCAGAUGACAGCUCCAGCACCUCGUCCGGGGAGUGGUAUCAGAACUUCCAGUCACCAACCCAGCCCCAGCCCACAGAGCAGUUUGAGUGUCCAGGUCCCUGCGGCCCCCAGCCUGAGUUCUCCUCCUCCGAGGGCGACUACGACGACAUUGGAGCAGCCUAGUGGGGCCCCGCUGCGG